AUGAAUAAAAAUAAACUAAAUAAAAAUAAAUUAGUUAAAAGUAAGGUUAAUAAAUUGAAAAAAUUAUCAAAUGGAGAAAUAGAAAAUUUAAUAAAAAAUAAAAAAGAGGAAUUAACUAGAACAAUUCAAAAAAAACGUCUUUUAGAAAAAAGACUAGAUGAAAAAAAUAAUGAGUUAGACAAUUUUAAAAAAGAAUACAAUGAGAUAAAAAAUAAAGUAGAUUCUAUUAAUAAAGAUUGUGAAAAAUGUAAUGAAAAAGUAAAAGAAGAAAAAAGCAUAAUAAGAAAAAAAUCUAUAUUUUAUAAUUUUCAAAACUCAGAAGAGUUGAAAAAAUUAAAAAAAGAAAAAGAGGAACUUAAAACAUUAAUAGAUAAGAGACAUGAAGAAACAAUGAAUAAUUUAAUGAGUUACAUAGAAAAACAAAGAAUUGAUUUGGAUUACGAAAAAAACAAAAAUUUUGAUGAAAUAAAUGAAUUAAAUAUAUCCUCUAAUUUAAAAAUAAGAAAAAUAGAGGAAUUAUUUACAAAAUAUUUAAAUGAAUUUGAAAAUGAUAAAAAAGAAGAAAUGGUUGAUAUGCUGGAAAAUUAUAGUAUAAUGGAAAGAAAUGAGAUCAUAUAUUUAAAAAAUUUAUAUAAUGAUCAUAUUAAAAAUAUUAAUGAAAUUCACAUGAAUGUACUUCAGAAUUAUAAAAAAUAUUACAUCGAUAGAAUAAAAGAAAAUAUAAAUAAAAUAAAAUUAUUAAAAAAAAAAAUAAAUGAGCUAGAAAUAUGUGAUAAAGAAAUAAAAAAUGAUUUAAAUAUAUAUAAUGAUCAGAACUGUUCAAUAAUAGAAGAUAUAAAAAAUUUAGAAAUAAAAAGAGAAAACCUUGAAAAAGACUUAAAAUUUUAUUCAAAGGAUUUUAUUAUGCACAAAAAUUUAGAAUUAAUUUACAAUGAAAGUGAUAUAUAUAUUAAAAAUUUGAAACUAUUUUCUCAAAAUUCAAAAGAAAAAAUAAAUGAAAUUGAGAAGGAGUUAAAAAUAUUAUCUGAAGAUAUAAAAGUAGACGAAUAUUUUGAAAAUGUUAAAAAUAAAAAUAUUCUUUUAAAAAAGGAAAUAGAAAAUAUUGAUAUAGAUUUAGAUAAGGUAAAUGAACAGUUAACAUCAUUUAUAAAUGAAAAUAAUAUAAAAAAGGAAGAUGUAUUAAGAGUCAAAAAAGGAAUUAAUUUAUGCAUAAAAACAUACAACAAAGAAUAUGAUAAUUUAUUAUAUGCAGAAAAAAAAAUAAAAAAUAAAAUAAAAGACAAUGUGAAUAUUUAUGAGAAAAAACUAAAAGAUAUAGAUAUAAAAAAGGAUAAUUAA